AUUUAUAUAGGAGCAUGUGAUUGCGUAUUUGUAUGCAAUUUUUGCAUAUGUAUAUAUGUGUGUAACAUGGCUUGAUUGCUUGUUUGAUCGACUGGUUGGUGGGCUUGGUUAACGAGCCAGCUUGCCUAUCCAGUCAGUCGGUUAGUGAGUUAGUGUGGUAGGUUGAUUUAUAAAUGGCAAUAUGCAGCAUAAGUAGACACGCACACAUAUAUUCAUACAUACAUAUAGUCAUACAUACAAUACAAAGAUACAUAGGUACGAUCAUACAAUGUGUGCCCCAAAAAUAACCGAAGUUUAUAUUAAAUUCAUACAAAAUUUACGUUACCUACUGAAAAUUUGCAGUAUUAAAAGAUACACUUAUCAUGUCUAAAGUCAUCUAAAUUCAUGGAAAUCGGUGGCAGCUGUUGAAGUUACAGCUAUUUCAAUGAGAGAAAAAUUGUGAAACUUGCAAAAAAAAAUUCGCUGAGGCAUAUUUACGAAUCAAUAAAAAAAGACUAUGGUGAUAAUUGUGUGAGUCGUACUCAAGUUUAAACGUGGUUUACAUGCUUUAAAAAUGUUCGUGAGGAUUUAAAUAGCGGUCAAAGGCCAGGUCGUACAAAAGCUAUUAAUCGUGUUGAAUUGGUGGAAAAGUGCAAAUUUUACUACGAGAAUGUGGGCUGAGGGAUAAAAUACGAACAUAAACACUAUUUGGAGAAUUUUAACUGAAUGUUUGGGUAAAAGGGUCUGUGCGCUUUUUGUUCCACAUAAAUAAUAUGGAUUACCAAAAGAGUGAAUGAGUUUGUAAUGAAAAAACGGAUUUCUUUCUAUACACUCUCUCCGUAAUCGUCUGAUCUAUCACCAUGUGACUAUUUCAUUUUUUUAAAACUGGAAAGCAACAUGAAAGGAGCAUUUUAUGAUGAUAUCUCAGCCAUUCUAGCAACAGUAAUCAAUGUGCUGAAACACAUUCCUAUAAAUGAUAUAAAAAAAAUGUACGCAUGCGCUGGUUGAUCUUUCCAAACAUUGUAUUGAGUUUAAUGGAACCUGUUUUGAAUAAAUAAUAACUUUCAAAGAUUGCAUUUUAUUAUUGUAUAUAAAUGUAAUUAUAAUAAUUUAAAAUAUAAAAAGUUCGGCUAUUUUUAGGACACACCUUGUACGUACAUAUAAAAAAACAUACAUACAUAUGUAUGUUAAGAUUCUUGUAAACUGCUUGUUGAAAGCUUAAAUGCUCAAAAAAAUACACAUCCUAUGCAUAUAUUCCUCAUAAAUUGCUGUGUAUUGUAUAUGUGUGGAGCUAACACGGUUUUUGCGAUUUCUUGCGAUGCUUCUUGAUGUCUAUCACAAUGUUACUUUCUGCAAACACUUGAGCACAUACAUACAUACAUACAUACGUACCAAUAUGAAUGGCGUGCACACUUCUCGAUAUCUUGAAUAAUUUUUUUAAAACCUGUGCAAAUACGGCUAACAUAAUAAAAACAACAACAAGAACAACCUAUAAAAAGGCUUAUACAUACAUACAUAAAUAUGUAUAUAACUAAAAAGCAAUAACAAGAACAACAAUCACUCCAUAAUAACUGAGAAACGCAUGGCCAACAGCAAAAACAAUAAGACAAAAACAAUUAAAAAGUAUAAAUAAGAUUUUAAGACACAACAAAACCAACAACUUAAGUAGUCGCGGAGCGUAAAUGCGCAAAGCAAUAGCAAGAACAACGACCAUAAAUAUUGAUACAAACCAAUCAAACACACAUAUGCAUGCACACACACAAAUUAUCAUACCAGCAAAACGUAAAACGAAAAGGAAUUAAGCAAAAAUCUAAAAAAAUAGCAAACAUUGCAAAAAAAAUAACAAAGGCAAAAAUAAAAAAUUAAAAAAGCCAACAAAAAUAUAAAAAAAAUAAAAAAAAUAAAAAAAUGUAUAAUGGACAAGCCACGCUUAUCGCGUACCGUAUAAAAACGUAAGACGGUACAAAAUUAUCUCUCAUUUGUAAAUUAACAAUCCAUCGAUCCAGUAGCGCUUUUUUCCUGUUGAUUUUUUUGCGGUUUUCAGCUCGUAAUUAAAUAUCACAAUUUUUCUCCAGAGUGUGUUUGCUAUUUUUGUUGCAUUUAAAACAAGUUUGAAUUAUUCCACAAUUAAACGUUGCUAAAUUGAGUUUACCAAGUUGCUUCUAUUGUUGUUGUUGUUGUGAACACAAUACACAAAGGAUCAAAAUAUAUAAAGAGCUUUAUAAAAAAAAUAUAUAUAAUAAAAUAUAAACAGCGUUAUAAAAAAUUAACAAAGCUUAAUAAAGAUCAAUCGGUACAAAAAUCGCUAAUAAAAGAGUAACAACGAAAAUUUCGUGUUCCGGCUAAAAUCCUGUCAAAGCAAUUCAACAAAGCAAAUUGAAACCUGAAAUAAGCAAAUAGUCAUCAACUUCAAAUAAUUUACACAAACAAAAAUCGAGAGAACAAACUACGCCAAUCGCAAACCGUUCAAGGCUAAUCGCUAAUUACCUUACCGGCUAAUCGCAUCGCUAAUCAAACGUCUCUUUUACGCUUACCAAUACAGUGUAAACGCUUUCAUUACGCUCCAGCUAUUUGUCUGUUUAUUCCCCGUUUAGCGUACUAUCUGCGUCCUUGCUCUCUUGCUUUAUUUUGCUCACGCUAAUAUUGUGCGAAAUUAUCCUGUGUUAAGGAUAAUUUUACGUUAUUUCCGUCAAAUCAACAAAUUUAUUAAUCUACGCCAUCUGCUACAGUUUAUUAUUUAGUUGGAAAUUUUGAGCUCGGAAAUAGAAAUCAAAGCGCAAUCAAACUCUUGAAACACACACACCUUUAAACGAUCAAGACAGCGGUCCGGCUUGUGAAGCCCCCGUCAAAGGAGCGCAGUUUUUGCUGUCGCAGCAGUUUUCUUAUUUACCAAACUGGAGAAUACGAGGUAUACGCCUGUCUAUACAACAGAAAGAAUUAAAAUGACGCAACAGCCGGAGUGGGGAAUACGAAUUUCGAGGUUUUUCCUCGUACCUCAGCGCGUGAUCCUUUCGAUCAUGGGCUUUUUUGCCAUACUCAAUGCAUAUACGAUGCGUAUAUGCCUCUCGGUGGCUAUUACUGAGCUGGUAGUUAAGAAAAAUCGUACAGAUGAAGAUAGUGGAUCGGCGGUGUGCGUAGCCGACGGUUUGGACUCAGAAUCAAGUUCUGGUGGCGAAUAUGAAUGGUCAGAAGAGUUACAAGGUUAUAUACUUUCAUCCUUCUAUAUUGGUUACAUUUUGACGCACAUUCCUGGCGGUCUAUUGGCUGAGAAAUUCGGUGGUAAAUGGACGCUCAGUUUGGGUAUACUCUCCACUGCAUUCUUCACCGUCAUUACACCGCUCGCCAUUAUUAAAGGUGGUGCGACUUGGCUAAUUAUUGUACGUAUUCUGAUGGGUAUUGGUGAGGGUACCACCUUCCCUGCUUUGAGUGUAUUAUUAGCGCAAUGGGUACCGAUUAAGGAGCGUGGCAAGUUGGGUGCGUUGGUAUUGGGAGGCGGACAAGUCGGAACAAUUUUGGGUAAUCUAUUAUCUGGUUUGCUGUUGGACGCUUACGAUUGGCCUGUGGUCUUUUAUUUCUUCGGUGGUAUUGGACUUGUGUGGUUCGUUAUUUUCACUUUCCUCUGCUACAGUGACCCAACCACACAUCCAUUCAUUAAACCUAGCGAAAAAGAGUAUCUAACUAAACAUAUGGGUAGCAUUGGACGCAACAAGAAUUUGCCACCCACACCAUGGCGUGCCAUAUUAACCAGUUUGCCAAUGUGGGCUUUGAUUUCAGCACAAAUUGGUCACGAUUGGGGUUUCUAUAUUAUGGUUACUGAUUUGCCCAAAUACAUGGCGGAUGUUAUGCAAUUCUCUAUUAAAGCUAACGGUCUCUACUCUUCACUACCAUACGCCAUGAUGUGGAUCCUCUCGUUGGGUUCAGGUUUCGUGGGCGAUUGGUUGAUUUCACGUAAAAUCAUGAACAUCACAAAUGUGCGCAAGAUGAUGACUGGUUUAGCUGCCUUUGGCCCAGCGAUCUUCAUGGUUGCCGCUUCAUAUGCUGGUUGUGAUCGUAUUGCUGUCGUUACACUCUUCACCAUUUGCAUGGGUCUUAUGGGUGCAUUUUAUGCGGGCAUGAAGCUUACACCGCUCGAUAUGAGUCCCAACUAUGCGGGCACAUUGAUGGCGAUCACCAACGGUAUUGGUGCGAUUACGGGCGUCGUUUCACCAUCACUGGUUGGCUUGAUGACACCAAAUGCCUCGUUGCUCGAAUGGCGCCUCGUUUUCUGGGUCGCAUUCGGUGUGCUUGUCGUCACCGCCAUCGUCUAUGUGAUCUGGGCGUCAGGUGAGGUGCAAGAUUUCAACGAUCCACCACGUAGAAUCGAUUUCAAAGCAGAAGAGAAGGAGAAAGCAGCUGUUGCAACACAACUUGAAAGUAGGGAAAACUUUCCAGAUACGGGGAAUAUAAAAACCACACAUACCUAGGCUAUGUAUGUAUGUAUGUAAUAGUAGCUAAAUCGUACUAUACUUGUAUAACGAAUAGGUAUGAGUGCACGAAAACUGCCGGCAGAUCUGUUGAAGAAAGAAAAGAAUUUACAAAUCAAAUUCUAAUUAUAAAAAGUAUUUAUUGUAAUUAUAAUUUAAGCAAAAAAAAAAAAA